UUAAGAAAACGCGGAAACAUAGUCAAUCUUCACAAUUUAUUUCAAAAAUCUCCUCAGAUAGGCACAAUGACUGUAAUUGAUGGAAUUAUACCUGAAGAAAAAAACGUUAUAGACGAGCUCAGGAAAAGGACAAUAAAUCUCGUUUCUCAAAAGAUGCUGGAAGAUGAAUUAUUGUUUUAUCGUUUUGCCAAAGCGCGAAAUUUCAACCUGUCAGAUGCAGAAGCCAUGCUAAGAAAGCAUAUUCUCUUCAGAAAAGAAAUGAGAAUAGACCAGCUAUUUGAGGAUUACAAGCCACCACCGAAUCUUGUAAAGUAUGUCCCCAGCACUUUGAUGUGUUUUGAUAAAGAAGGAUGUGGAGUUCAUUACGUCGACGCCGGUCGAACAGAUGCGAAAGGUUUAUGGAACUUGGCGAAGAAAGAAGACCUGCUGAGAUAUUUUGCUUAUCGAGUCGAAAAAGAUACAGAACAGAUCUUCAAAAGGAAUCGAAAACCGAAGAAAGAACUGUAUUUGCCUGUAUUUAAUAUGGAAAAUUUGGAUUACAGUACAGUAACUAACGUCAAAACUCUACAGUACUGCUUAUAUUUUUUGAAAUGCUACGUAGAUAAUUUUCCUGAACGUCUAAAAUGUGGAAUUAUCAUUAAUGCGCCAUUUUAUUUCUUUUGGGCAUUUGCUGUAUUCAAGCAAGUUCUCCCUGCCACCAUCAUACAAAAAAUUCGAAUUUAUGGCAGAGAUGGAUGGAAAGAAGGUCUCCAAGAAUUCAUCAGUGCGGACGAUCUACCUGCAUUUCUCGGUGGGAAAAGAACAGACCCGAAUGGAGACCCACAAUGCAAAACAUUCGUUAAAUGGGGCGAACACAUUCCCAAAAGCUGCUACAUGCGCAGCGAAAGGAAACGAUUGGCGUCGGUUUCAGAUUCCGAAAAAAUUGUCAUAAUGCCAUUGUCUAAAGAGGAAAUCAGUUUCGAAGUGAACGAAGAGAAUUCGCAACUCGAGUGGGAGUUCGAAAUAAAAACCAGGGAUAUUGAUUUCUCGAUGAACUUCAAAGGAAGUGCACUGGAGGAAUCGCAACCGGUCGAACUUAUUCCAAAACAAAGAAUUGAGACCUCUUUCGAAACUGAAAAGGGAAUCUUCAAAUGUGAAAAAAUAGGCACUUAUACGAUAGUUUUUGACAAUUCUUACAGUUGGAUUCACGCCAAAGAAUUACAUUACAGAGCUUCAGUGAAGAGUCCAAACACAAGCGAAAACAGUCAAUGGAUGUGACAUUAGUAUCAUAUUUUUAAAACAUUAGGGUAGCCGUAAAAUUCUUUGUUCAAAUGCUAUUACUCAAGAUGAAAUUGCUGAUGGUGUGUUUUGUGUUUUUAAAUAAAUAUUUUUUGUCACUGUAA